GGGUAUAAAUAGAGGGCGCUGUGGCGCAGCGCUUAGUUUGUUUCGCGUAAUCUCAGAGUACAGAAGCUAUAUCGAGUCGAGUGUUGGUUCCUCGAGUUUUGUUUCUUUAUACGAGGUAAGGUUUCGUUUAGGUUUUAUUUAUUCUUUACAGAGGGAAUUUUUUUUUUUUACAUCAAUUAAGAACACAGCUGUUUAAAAAAAAAAUAUAUAUUUUUUUUAAUUUUCUUUUUUUAAAUCAGGAGUUCUUGAGUUAUAUUUUAAGCCAUAUUGUAAAUAGCGCGUUUUUAGGCUUUUUACAUUAGUUCGGAAGCCAUUGCCAGUCUUUAUAGUUCUAGCCCAGCCUCGGCUAUGAUGUAGUUUAGCCAUGGCAAAGCAUCAUGGGAGUUGAAGUUUCCCCUGAGCUGCUGAUGUCCACCUGGUCUCUGUAGUUAGCUGUAAGUACACUGAUCAUUGUGUGAGGCCUUAGGUUGUUGGGAGUGUGAUUACUUCUCGAGCCUGGCUCCUGGUAUUGAGUUGACUGUAAUUUAUGGUCAGAUUUUACACUGUGUGUGUGUGUGGGGGGGGGGAGGGGAGGCUAUGGGUAUUAAGAGAAAUGAUUGGAAAUGUUGCACUGGCUGCAUUGAGUGGGUAUUCAGGAUGUUAUUUUAUUUAUUUAGCACCAUCAGAUAUAUGGGUACAGGGUACUAGAUAUGUGGUGAUUUAAAUUAUUAGUAUCUUACACUCCUUCUCAAGAAUAGUUUUUUUUUAAACCAUGUUUUAGAAAUCACAAGGAAGAUAUGAAUGACAUUGGCAGCUGUUACUGUUGAUUAAAAUCGGUUUCAUUAUUUGCAUAUGGCCCUUAGCUGUUGAACAAUAUAUCAAGUUACAGCUGGAGUACUAGACUUCUCCAUCACUGACUUACAUGCACAGUAACCAUGAUUGUGUUGACAUCUGUUAUGCAAGUUACCUAGAAAGAAUUGUAGCCAGAGGUGUUUCUAUCUAGACUUGUGCAGUGAAAUGUUCUUUCACGCCUAAUGGUUAUUCGCAGAUCUUGCACAUCUACUUGGUGAGAUGUAGCUGGUGGCAUAAAACUUCAUAGGUAAAAUGUGGUUAGAAAUUUACAUACUGCUGACUUAUCUAAAACUCACCCCAGUGUCACCCAUAGUCCUAAGUUUAUGGCUGGCUGACCCAAACAUGCGAAAGUCCGCACUUGACCCUGCAACUGUUUGUCUUAAUCAGCUGUCCUGGUCCUUAGCCAACAUUUAGGGUUCAAGAGUGAGAUGCUAAUUAGUAUAUUAUUCUGUGGUAUGCUGUUUAACUCUCAGCUUAAUAUAGCUAACCAAAUUCUCCUGGUGGCACCCAGAGAAGUUAUUGUUUAAAUAUAAAAAUGGCUUAAUAAUUACACCAAAGUCUGCCCUAGGAGAUUCCUGGUAAUUGUAAGCACAAUAGGCAACGCUUUUGUAGUUAUCAAUUUUUUUUUCUUGAGUAACCUUUGUAGGUUUUUUUGUACGCUUAACUUUAAUGUGGUAAUUUUAAAGAAUUCCAGAUUAUAUUUUUUCUAAAUACGCAUUUAUAUCUUGUACUUUUUUAAUAUAACGGCCAUUGAGUGACUUUUAUGCUGUUAUUGGCUCUUAACGUAAAGCUUCUAUGCCGUCUAUCACUACAGCAGAGAAUGCCACGUUAAAAAAGUUGAACUAUUGCAUGACAGCUAAUGUUGUCUGCAAAUCGUUUUAUUGUCGACAUGUCCAUGAAACUGCUGUGGGUUGGUUUUAAAAGGGACUAUCUUCCCAGGUGUUUUUUUGUUUUUGUUUACUAGGACUCCUGUUUAAUGAAUAGUGUGAAGGUGAAGGUGUGAAACUGAUCAGUUAACACUGUGCUUUACACCUGGCUGUCAACUAUACAGAUAAGAGGGGAGAUUAAAUAAUGCUAUUUAUUCUUACUUUGCCUUGUCUGAUCUGGAUUAUUUUGCUAACUUUUAACAAAUUUAAGAGAACCAGAUUUAUUGGGUGUUAACACAAGUGACAGUAGCAUUUUAUUGUGGUAAGUAUAUGAAUACAUGUGCAAUAAAGAGUAUAUUUAGUUUGAUUUAUACAUUGCAAAUUAGUAUAGUUUUAUAAUGCCUAAUGAUCCAUUCUGUUUACUUUUAGGACAAUAUGCAGAUCUUCGUAAAAACCCUCACUGGCAAGACCAUCACACUAGAAGUAGAACCAAGUGACACAAUAGAGAAUGUCAAAGCAAAGAUCCAAGACAAAGAAGGCAUUCCUCCAGACCAGCAGAGAUUGAUCUUUGCAGGCAAGCAGCUUGAAGAUGGUCGCACUCUCUCUGACUACAAUAUUCAGAAAGAAUCCACACUGCACUUGGUCCUUCGUCUGAGAGGUGGUAUGCAGAUCUUCGUAAAAACCCUCACUGGCAAGACCAUCACACUAGAAGUAGAGCCAAGUGACACAAUAGAGAAUGUCAAAGCAAAGAUCCAAGACAAAGAAGGGAUUCCUCCAGACCAGCAGAGAUUGAUCUUUGCAGGCAAGCAGCUUGAAGAUGGUCGCACUCUUUCUGACUACAAUAUUCAGAAAGAAUCCACACUGCACUUGGUCCUUCGUUUGAGAGGUGGUAUGCAGAUCUUUGUAAAAACCCUCACUGGCAAGACCAUCACACUAGAAGUAGAGCCAAGUGACACAAUAGAGAAUGUCAAAGCAAAGAUCCAAGACAAAGAAGGCAUUCCUCCAGACCAGCAGAGAUUGAUCUUUGCAGGCAAGCAGCUUGAAGAUGGUCGCACUCUCUCUGACUACAAUAUCCAGAAAGAAUCCACACUGCAUUUGGUCCUUCGUCUGAGAGGUGGUAUGCAGAUCUUCGUAAAAACCCUCACUGGCAAGACCAUCACACUAGAAGUAGAGCCAAGUGACACAAUAGAGAAUGUCAAAGCAAAGAUCCAAGACAAAGAAGGCAUUCCUCCAGACCAGCAGAGAUUGAUCUUUGCAGGCAAGCAGCUUGAAGAUGGUCGCACUUUCUGACUACAAUAUUCAGAAAGAAUCCACACUGCACUUGGUCCUUCGUCUGAGAGGUGGUAUGCAGAUCUUCGUAAAAACCCUCACUGGCAAGACCAUCACACUAGAAGUAGAGCCAAGUGACACAAUAGAGAAUGUCAAAGCAAAGAUCCAAGACAAAGAAGGCAUUCCUCCAGACCAGCAGAGAUUGAUCUUUGCAGGCAAGCAGCUUGAAGAUGGUCGCACUCUCUCUGACUACAAUAUCCAGAAAGAAUCCACACUGCAUUUGGUCCUUCGUCUGAGAGGUGGUAUGCAGAUCUUCGUAAAAACCCUCACUGGCAAGACCAUCACACUAGAAGUAGAGCCAAGUGACACAAUAGAGAAUGUCAAAGCAAAGAUCCAAGACAAAGAAGGCAUUCCUCCAGACCAGCAGAGAUUGAUCUUUGCAGGCAAGCAGCUUGAAGAUGGUCGCACUCUUUCUGACUACAAUAUUCAGAAAGAAUCCACACUGCACUUGGUCCUUCGUCUGAGAGGUGGUAUGCAGAUCUUCGUAAAAACCCUCACUGGCAAGACCAUCACACUAGAAGUAGAGCCAAGUGACACAAUAGAGAAUGUCAAAGCAAAGAUCCAAGACAAAGAAGGCAUUCCUCCAGACCAGCAGAGAUUGAUCUUUGCAGGCAAGCAGCUUGAAGAUGGUCGCACUCUCUCUGACUACAAUAUCCAGAAAGAAUCCACACUGCACUUGGUCCUUCGUCUGAGAGGUGGUAUGCAGAUCUUCGUAAAAACCCUCACUGGCAAGACCAUCACACUAGAAGUAGAGCCAAGUGACACAAUAGAGAAUGUCAAAGCAAAGAUCCAAGACAAAGAAGGCAUUCCUCCAGACCAGCAGAGAUUGAUCUUUGCGGGCAAGCAGCUUGAAGAUGGUCGCACUCUCUCUGACUACAAUAUUCAGAAAGAAUCCACACUGCACUUGGUCCUUCGUCUGAGAGGUGGUAUGCAGAUCUUCGUAAAAACCCUCACUGGCAAGACCAUCACACUAGAAGUAGAGCCAAGUGACACAAUAGAGAAUGUCAAAGCAAAGAUCCAAGACAAAGAAGGCAUUCCUCCAGACCAGCAGAGAUUGAUCUUUGCAGGCAAGCAGCUUGAAGAUGGUCGCACUCUCUCUGACUACAAUAUUCAGAAAGAAUCCACACUGCACUUGGUCCUUCGUCUGAGAGGUGGUAUGCAGAUCUUCGUAAAAACCCUCACUGGCAAGACCAUCACACUAGAAGUAGAGCCAAGUGACACAAUAGAGAAUGUCAAAGCAAAGAUCCAAGACAAAGAAGGGAUUCCUCCAGACCAGCAGAGAUUGAUCUUUGCAGGCAAGCAGCUUGAAGAUGGUCGCACUCUUUCUGACUACAAUAUUCAGAAAGAAUCCACACUGCACUUGGUCCUUCGUCUGAGAGGUGGUAUGCAGAUCUUCGUAAAAACCCUCACUGGCAAGACCAUCACACUAGAAGUAGAGCCAAGUGACACAAUAGAGAAUGUCAAAGCAAAGAUCCAAGACAAAGAAGGCAUUCCUCCAGACCAGCAGAGAUUGAUCUUUGCAGGCAAGCAGCUUGAAGAUGGUCGCACUCUUUCUGACUACAAUAUUCAGAAAGAAUCCACACUGCACUUGGUCCUUCGUUUGAGAGGUGGUAUGCAGAUCUUUGUAAAAACCCUCACUGGCAAGACCAUCACACUAGAAGUAGAGCCAAGUGACACAAUAGAGAAUGUCAAAGCAAAGAUCCAAGACAAAGAAGGCAUUCCUCCAGACCAGCAGAGAUUGAUCUUUGCAGGCAAGCAGCUUGAAGAUGGUCGCACUCUUUCUGACUACAAUAUUCAGAAAGAAUCCACAUUACACUUAGUACUUCGUCUGAGGGGUGGUUGUUGAGCACAUACUGACUUUUUUCAUGUUGAUUGAAAUGUUUGUUGCAUUAUCUUCAUUGCUCACCCAAUUGAAAAAUGUUUGUCAAAUAAACGUUUCUUGCAUAUAAUAGUUUCAUUGUUUCAUUCAAAACAAUAUUUAGCAAUGUUAGCUACUUUGUAGUUGGGAAUCAUAACCCUCCUGACUACACUGAUCAUGGCAUAUAUCAGUGUUUCUUAAAUAUAUCAAGAACUGCAAACCUUUUUUGGGCAUUAUGACUUAUCUACUUUUCUGGAAUGUCUGUAAAGCCUGAGUUUUUGGUCUUGGGAGAGGUUUGAGAAGCACUUUAAUAUGUCAAUAUUUGUAGGUCUUAGUCUUUAUUAUCCUCUUGUUUAGUUAUGCACAGCUUUUGUUGGAUGCUUAGUUGAUUUUUUUUUUUUUUUUUUUUACUAAUUAGGUUAAUUGUUGCCUUAAAGUUAGUGAAUUUUAACAUUAUGGAAGUGUAAACAUACUGUGACAAUAGGACAGCAGUCGAUAACAGAUAAUAAAUAUAUAGUGCAGAUGGUAAUGC